AUGCAAGUGGAAAUAGACCGGCUGAACACAGAAGUUGAGAAUCUUCGUGAACAACUUCGUAAUGUAAAAGCUGAACAUUCUGCAGCUAAGAAAGUCGUCGAUGAGAAAGAUUUUACCAUAAACACCCUCGAGGAUAAUAUAACGAGACUGAAGCAAGAUGUAGAGAUCCAUAUGUCCAAAGUAGAUGCCAAGGAAACAGAGAUUAUGGAGCAAAACCUUCAUUACGAAGAAAUGCUAGCGAAAGAGCAACAACUGAAGCAGGAUCUGGAGGAG